AUGAAUGGCGGAAAGGAGUGUGACGGAGGGGACAAAGAUGGAGGUCCGCCAGCGGUACAAGUUCCAGUUGGCUGGCAACGUCGAGUGGAUCAAAAUGGAGUGCUCUAUAUCAGUCCCAGUGGGUCUUUAUUAUCCUGCUUGGAGCAGGUUAAGACAUACCUGCUGACUGAUGGAACCUGCAAAUGUGGCUUGGAAUGUCCUCUCAUUCUUCCCAAGGUAUUUAAUUUUGAUCCUGGAGCUGCUGUGAAACAGAGAACUGCUGAAGAUGUUAAAGCAGAUGAAGAUGUCACUAAGCUAUGCAUCCAUAAACGGAAAAUUAUUGCUGUGGCUACACUUCAUAAAAGCAUGGAAGCUCCACAUCCUUCACUGGUUCUUACUAGUCCUGGGGGUGGAACAAGUGCAACUCCAGUAGUACCUUCUCGAGCAGCAACUCCAAGAUCAAUGAGGAAUAAAUCACAUGAAGGAAUUACAAAUUCUGUGAUCCCAGAAUGUAAAACUCCUUUCAAGUUAAUGAUAGGGACAUCUAAUGCCAUGGGUAGGCUUUAUGUACAAGAAGUGACUGGAAGCCAGCAACAAGAUCUUCAUUCUGUCUAUCCUAGGCAGAGAUUGGGCAGUAAUGAUCAUGGACAGAAGUCUCCAUAUCGUGGCAGUCAUGGUGGAAUGCCUAGUCCAGCUUCAUCAGGAUCACAGAUAUAUGGAGAUGGUUCAAUCUCUCCUAGGACUGAUCCACUUGGAAGCCCUGAUGUUUUCACAAGGAACAAUUCCAAUUUUCAUGGAGCACCCAACUCUAGUCCUGUUCACAUGAACAGGACUCCUUUAUCUCCACCUUCAGUAAUGCUACAUGGUUCUCCAGUUCAGUCAUCCUGUGCAAUGGCUGGAAGGACUAAUAUACCUCUUUCCCCAACCUUGACCACAAAAAGCCCAGUAAUGAAAAAACCCAUGUGUAAUUUUUCAGCUAGUAUGGAACUACCACGAGCAAUGUUUCACCAUAAACCACCCCAAGGCCCACCUCCACCUCCUCCACCUUCUUGUGCUCUUCAGAAAAAGCCAUUAACAUCAGAGAAGGAUCCACUUGGCAUUCUUGACCCUAUUCCUAGCAAGCCAGUUAAUCAGAAUCCUGUUAUCAUUAACCCAACUACUUUCCAUUCUAAUGUCCAUUCUCAGGUACCUGUAAUGAAUGUAAGCAUGCCUCCUGCUGUUGUCCCUUUGCCAAGCAAUCUCCCUUUGCCAACUGUAAAACCUGGUCACAUGAACCAUGGAAGUCAUGUACAAAGAGUUCAGCAUUCAGCUUCAACCUCCCUCUCUCCUUCACCAGUGACAUCCCCAGUUCAUAUGAUGGCAUCUGGGAUUGGAAGGAUUGAGGCGUCUCCCCAAAGAUCACGUUCAUCUUCCACAUCAUCAGAUCAUGGAAAUUUCAUGCUGCCUCCAGUAGGACCACAGUCAUCUUGUAGUGGUAUUAAAGUUCCUCCCAGGUCACCAAGAUCAACAAUAGGGUCUCCAAGGCCAUCUAUGCCAUCAAGCCCUUCCACCAAGCCUGAUGGACUUCAUCAGUACAAGGACAUCCCUAACCCAAUAAUUGCUGGAAUGAGUAAUGUACUAAAUCCUCCAAGCAAUGCAGUUUUUCCUACUGCAUCUGCUGGAAGUGGUCCCCUGAAGAGUCAGCCUGGUUUGCUGGGAAUGCCUUUAAAUCAGAUCUUGAAUCAGCACAAUGCUGCCUCUUUUCCAGCAAGUAGUUUACUCUCAGCAGCAGCCAAAGCACAGCUAGCAAAUCAAAAUAAACUUGCUGGUAACAACAAUAGCAGCAGUAGUAAUUCUGGAGCUGUUGCCAGUGGUGGCAACAAUGAAGGACAUAGCACUUUAAACACCAUGUUUCCUCCUGCUGCCAACAUGCUUCUACCAACAAGUGAAGGGCAAAGUGGUCGAGCAGCGCUACGAGAUAAAUUGAUGUCUCAGCAAAAAGACCCUUUGAGGAAAAGGAAACAACCAACUACCACAGUAUUGAGUUUGCUUAGACAGUCUCAUUUGGAUAGUUCUGGAGUUCCUAAACCUGGAUCUGAUUUGAUAAGAAAGCAAAAUCAAGGUUCAUUUCCCAUCAGUUCUAUGUCUCAGUUACUUCAGUCCAUGAGUUGUCAAAGCUCUCAUAUGAGCAGCAAUAGUACCACUGGUUGUGGGAGCUCAAAUACUGUUUUGCCUUGUUCUGCUAACCAGAUGCAUUUUACAGACACCAAUAUGAACUCUGGCACUCUUCAGAAUUCAUUGACACAGAGCUUACCUUUAAGAGGGGAAGGUAUGCACUGCCAGAAUGCAAACACUAACUUUGUCCAUGGUACUAGCCCAGGCCCAAACAACCACCUUGCAGGCUUAAUAAAUCAGAUGCAGGCUAGUGGGAACUGUGGGGUGCUCAGUCAGUCAGGAAUGGCUUUAGGAAAUUCAUUACAUCUGAACCCACCUCAAUCAAGAAUCCACGCAUCCUCCACUCCACUGAUACCAAACAGCAUUGUUAGCAGCUGUAAUCAAACAAGUCCUGAAGCAGGGGGUUCAGGACCAUCAUCUUCCAUAGCCAUAGCUGGAACCAGCCAACCUGCCAUCACAAAGACAACAUCCGUUCUUCAAGAUGGUGUUAUAGUCACUACUGCAGCUGGAAACCCACUUCCGAGCCAGCUGCCCAUUGGGAGUGAUUUCCCUUUUGUUGGCCACGAACACACACUUCACUUUCCACAGAACUGCGCUUCAAACAACAAUCUUCCGCAUUCUUUGAAUCCAAACCUUCUCAAUUCUCUACCUAUCUCUUUGCCAGUGAAUCAACAACAUCUCUUAAACCAGAAUCUAUUAAAUAUACUACAGCCUUCAGCAGGAGAAGGCAAGUCUGAGGUCAUACUCAACCCUUUAGGUUUACUCAACCCAAGUGUAAAUGCUGCGCUAGCUUUUCUCUCCAGUGACAUGGAUGGGCAGGUAUUACAACCUGCUCAUUUUCAGCUUCUAGCAGCCCUACUUCAGAAUCAAGCCCAAGCAGCUGCCAUGCUUCCCCUACCAUCUUUCAAUUUGACCAUCUCAGAUUUGUUACAACAGCAAAAUAACCCUUUACCCUCAGUAACACAGAUGACAGCCCCACCAGACCAUUUGCCAAGCAAUCAGUCAGACAGCAACAGAGCAGAGACCCUUUUAACCAACCCCCUGGGGAACCCUAUACCAAGCUUUACAGGCACUGACACUACUUCUAACCCCUUGCUCCUCCCAGCUGUCACUGGGGCCUCGGGAUUAAUGGCCUUAAAUCCCCAGCUGUUGGGAGGUGUCCUGAACUCCGCAUCGGGCAACACUGCUAAUCAUCCAGAGAUAUCCAUAGCAACCUCCUCCCAGGCAACCACUACCACAACCACUACAUCAUCAGCAGUGACAGCACUGUCUGUCUCAACACUUGGUGGGACAGCAGUGGUGUCAAUGGCAGAAACAUUGCUGAACAUAUCUAAUAAUGCUGGGAAUACAUCUGGUCCAGCUAAACUCAACAAUAACUCUGUGGUGCCACAGCUACUUAACCCUCUACUGGGGACAGGUCUGCUUGGUGACAUAUCGUCAAUAAACACUACUUUGAAUAACCAUCAACUGACUCAUCUCCAGUCACUGUUAAACAACAAUCAGAUGUUUCCUUCAAAUCAGCAGCAACAUCAGCUUCUCCAGGGGUACCAGAAUCUCCAGGGGUUUCAAGGGCAACCGACAAUUCCUGGACCAGCUAACAACUCAAACCCCAUGGCUUGUCUGUUUCAAAAUUUUCAGGUGAGAAUGCAGGAAGAUGCUGCUCUUUUAAACAAAAGAAUGAUCACUCAAAUGGGUAUAACAUCAGUUCCUGAGAGUUCCAACACUACCCUUCCUCCUUUUCAAGAUACAGCUUGUGAUUUGCAGCAAAGGACUGAACCAACUCUAAGACAACAGGCAAAGGAUGGCCUCAGUGUAGCUGCUCAGGGUGAUUCUUCAGUCGAUGCUAUCUACAAAGCAGUCGUAGAUGCUGCAAGCAAAGGAAUGCAAGUAGUAAUCACCACUGCAGUUAGCAGUACAACACAAAUGAGUCCCAUUCCAGCUCUGAGUGCCAUGAGUGCCUUCACAGCCUCAAUUGGUGACCCAUUAAAUCUUUCUAGUGCUGUCAGUGCAGUAAUCCAUGGAAGAAACAUUGGUGUUUCUGAUCACGAUGGUAGGAUAAGAAACACUAGAGGGACACGAAUACUGAAGAAUUCAGAACACAGUAAAAAUUCAAGUGAAGGGGAUGGAUUUGAAUAUUACAAGUCAGCAGGUUGCAACACACCCAGAAAACAGUGGGAAGAGGAGCAAAACCCUGGAGGAGAGAUAAAUAGGUGGAAGUGUGAGGAGUUUUUAGACCAUUCAACCCAUGUCCACAGCAGUCCUUGCCAUGAAAGGCCCAAUCACAUCUCCACACUGCCAUUGUUACAGGGUGAGCAGCAUCAGAUACUGUUACCACAGAGAAACUGUCAAAGUGAUAAAAUGUUGGAGGAGAAUUUCAGGUUUAACAAUUACAAAAGAACUAUGAUGAGUUUUAAAGAGAGACUGGAGAACACUGUGGAAACAUGUGCACACAUAAAUGGAAAUAGGCUUCAACAAAGUAGAGGGUUUGGAGAGUUGCUGAACACUUCUAAACAAGACCUAGUCAUGGAGGAGCAAUCUCCAAGUUCCUCAAAUAGUUUGGAAAGUUCUCUAGUUAAAGACUAUAUCCAUUAUAAUGGAGACUUUAAUGCCAAAAGCAUUAAUGGGUGCGUGCCUAGCCCUUCAGAUGCUAAAAGCAUCAGCAGUGAAGAUGACCUAAGGAAUCCAGAUUCCCCUUCUUCAAAUGAGUUGAUACAUUACAGGCCGAGGACGUUUAAUGUUGGCGACUUGGUCUGGGGCCAAAUAAAAGGACUGACUUCAUGGCCUGGAAAAUUAAUAAGAGAAGAAGAAGUUCACAAUUCAUGUCAACAAAACACUGAGGAGGGGAAGGUGGAGCCCGAGAAGUUGAAGACACUAACAGAAGGUCUGGAAGCCUACAACCGAGCCAGGAAGAGGAACAGAAAAAGCGGAAAGCUAAAUAACCAUUUAGAAGCUGCUAUACAUGAGGCCAUGAGUGAGCUGGACAAAAUGUCUGGGAAUGUACACCAAAUCCCACAGGGAGACAGACAGGUGAAGCCUCCAAAACCGAAGAGGAGGAAGAUCUCUAGAUAACAUUGAAUGUCUUUGUUACUGGUCCAGUACUUAUCAAAUUGAACAUGCACAUAAAUCAGUAUAUAGGUAUUGAUAUAGAUAUAUCAAUAUUUAUAUCAAGGACAGAUAGAUACCAUCAAAGGGUGCUAUGAGAAAUAGUGGUACAAUAUUUUUGUUGAUCGUGUCAGAUAGUUAAUGCUGG